CUAAAAAAAAUACGCUGCUAAAGUUGCGUCAUGUUUGUUUACAAUUGUGUCGUCUGCAAGUGUGAAACUCUAUGUUGUUUUCCCUCUUGAGUUCAUUAGUAUUGUUGGCACGUGUUAUUUGAGUUUCGUAUUUGUAUGCCAAACAGAGUGGGCAUUAUAAUUAGACUUGCGCUUCGGAAGCGAAGCUGCAGAUGUAAGGUAUCAUUAAUUUCGUUUUUUUCUAGACGCGUGUGAUUUGAUAACAAGAACGUUACAUAAAGAUCGAAAUGCGUGCAUAUGCAAAGACUUUUCUCAGGUUUAGGUCGCUGGACUGAUGCAGUUGUUCGAGUGGCUUUUUAACUUUUUGCAUAUUUGUAUUUUAUUUGCAAUGCGUUCGAAUGAAGAUUGCAUUGAUGUGGAAACUCCACCAGGUGUGCCACUCAGCGCUCAGUAUAUGAGGAGUUUUGCGUAUGCAACAGUGAAGGAUCGGCUACCCAUUAUAUUGACCCAGGUCAUUGAUCAUUUAGUGCGUGACAAGGAAGAAAUCAUUAAAGAACAUGGAGAGGUAGCAAGAGAAGAGCUAAAAACCGUCAUUGGUGCAUUUUCACAGUUGAAGAAUGAAAUUCAGACAAACAAACCACUGACACCACUUAAAUCAAAUAGCUCUGACAUUGAAAUCUGGAAUUCAGUCCUGGAAGAAGAAACAAAAACUAACAAACACAAGUGGUUCAAUAGUGACUGGCUAUUUUCAGAAUGCUAUAUGUACAGGAAAGUGAGAGAAAUAUUUGAAGUAAGUCAGUCUCUUACUGCCUUUGAUCCUUUUCGUAAAUCGAAGGAAUCUGGACUCCAUAAUUCAAUCCAUUCAGUUGUGAUUUUAUCAGAUCAUAUGAAAAAACAGUUGGGAGAAGUUGACCAGCUGAAGAGGAAUGACAUAAGACAAGCAUUGCAGCGAAUUGUUUAUCUGAACCUCUGGGGUAACCGCUUCGACCUAUCUCUGUCAAAAGGUGUUCAAAUUCUCAUAACAGAAAAUCCUCUUACAUAUGCUGAAAACUUCAAAGAUGAUAUCUUAGUAGAUGAUUCUGAUAAAAUAUGGGAAGUUUUAUCUGAAGCUGAUGAUCAGAAUAAACUUGUAGACAUUGUACUGGAUAAUGCAGCUUAUGAGCUGUUCACAGAUUUCUGCCUUGCAGAUUACCUGAUCACUGCAUCACUCGCUAGCAAAAUACGCUUUUAUGUGAAGGCUAUGCCAUGGUAUGUUUCAGAUACAGUGGUGAAUGACUUUCACUGGGUUAUAAAAACCUUGAUCCUUCAUGAUUCAAAAAAUGUAUCUGAUUUAGCAUCAAGAUGGAAGAAAUAUUUGGAUAGUGGGAAGUGGGUAAUAGAAGUUAAAGAUUUCUGGACUUUGCCCUAUAGUUACAAUAAGAUGCAAGAAAUACGACCAGAACUGUAUGCACAACUAUCACAAGCUCAGCUAGUUAUUUUUAAAGGAGAUCUUAACUACCGUAAACUUGUUGGAGAUAUUAACUGGCCUCCAACAGAGACAUUUUGCAAUGCACUUCAAGGCUUCAAUCCUACAAAUGUUAUAACAUUACGCACUAUAAAAGCAGAUACAAUAUGUGGUUUGAAACCUGGACAGGCAGAAGACACAGCAGCAAAAAAUGGUGAUUGGCUGAUAACAGGAAAGUAUGCAGUUAUUCAGUUCUGUGGUAAAUCUUGAACUCUAAUCUGUUUUAUUACUUGCUAACUAUGGUCUUGUCUGUGAUAUGGCUCUGAGAAUUUUUAUAUUCUGUAAGAGCUUUAUCUUUUUGGGUACUGGCUGAAUUUAUUUAGUAUAGUGUUCUUGAAUAAAGUAUAUUGAUUCAUGUGAGAGUGAAUACUUUCUUCUGUUAAUAUAAGAAUCCUAUUAUAGCGAAUAUACAGUCAGCAAAUGUAGGGGCAUGUCUAACUUACAUCAGGUGUUACAUAAUUAUGAAUUCCACAUUAUGACCAAUAUUAAAAAUUACAGGACCUAGAGAAAGAAAGAAAUUAAAUGUUGUAAGUUAAUUUACAUAAUCCUUUUUAUCACCUUGUGCUGUUUCCUUUUAUACAGAUUUUAUUUUUCUUCAGCACUUUAAGGUGUCAUAUCUUGUUCUGUUAAUAUGACACCCUUUUAACAUAGAUGAUUUUAUAAGGUAUGCAAGUUAUCCCUUAAAUAAGUUGUUGGGCUGUAAAUAUAUCUGGAAAUUCCACAGUUCCUCUGUAUAAUCUUUUCAGCUUCAGUUACACUGCUUGGUUUUACUAGGUCACUAUGUUUAGCACUAUUAAAGUAAGAUUUCAGUUUGAAUGCUAGUAAUGCCUCCUAUGCUGUUGGGAGUAUCUGUGCACUGCAGAUAAACCAUCCCCCCUUUUUCUUCCCAACUGCUGUUUGCUUGUCCUCAUUUUUAAAGAUUUUAACUGAACAUUGAGUCACUUCUGAAGCAUACAAGAGACACUUAAAACAUUCAUAAAUUACAAACGUAAUUGAAAACUCUCUCUCUUAUUGCAUUCCUCUUAACCCCAGGGAAAAAUACCCUCUCAGAGUUAAAACCUUCUAUUAUCAUUACGUGCACUAGUUACUUCCAUCAGUUUUGUAGCAGUUGAUUACUGACUGCCUCUUGUGUUAUCUACAUGUGUGAACAAAUUAUUAUAUUGCUGUUACACCAUAAUGUUUAGUCUUAAUUUUAUUAAUUAAAGUUAUUUUUGUGGGGAAAAGAUUGAUUAGGGAAGAGAGUAGUCUAGACAGUUUUAAACCACCAUUGUGUGUCUGAUUUUCUUAAACUCAUGGGGUGUAUUUGAUAUUUUUCUUCAACACUGCAUUGAGGGUGGCAUGAGGCAGAUUUGCUAUUGAAUAAUCUGUCAAAGAAAGAUUUUAAGCAUAAUGUGGUGCACUUUUCCCUAGAUGGUAUCUGUGCACCAGUUUCAUCCCUAUUGGUUUACAAAAUAACACAAUGGUUUCAAAAAAUUUGAAACACAGUAAUUUUUUCAAAGUAAAUAUUCACUUGAGUCUCCCUUGCACCGCUUCCAUCAUCUUUGUCUCUGUAAAUCCUCACAACAGAUUCAUCCCUCCCAUCCUGGGCUCUUCCGUUACAUUCCCCAACCUAUCCGACAUUCCUCCCCAAGAAAGUAAUAGUUCUGAAAGCUAGGAUAGUUUAAAUGUGUGCCAGUAUAGCAGUACUAAAAAUUUUGCCUUCCAAAUGUAAGUAUUGACCGGAGUUAGAUGUAAGAAUGUAAGCUCUAUUUAAGCAUAUGUUCUGGUGAGCACUACUAAUUUCAGCUUUGUAAGUCAUUAUCAAAUGCAUCCAAAUGGUAGACUUCACCAAUAGUAUUGAACAGAAUACAGGAAUUACCAACUCCCAGCCAUGCAUGCCGUAGUGGGGAAGCCAAUUCUUUGUAUGCACUUAAUAUUGGUUUACAGAGGUGAAACCAUUUAUGUUUCAUAAAAGAAAUUUUGCAACUGGACCUUACAUUCUUACUUGUUUAAGUUCACUGCAGAAAUAGAAAAUUAUUUAAAGAUAUGUGUUUCAGUAAACAAGUGCUAUACUAGGAACACAUAGGUUUUGGGUUCAGUCAGCCUGAGGGUUUUUUCUGUCUGUUACUUUUUCUUUUAUCUGUGGCAAUUACUUGUGAAUUGCGUUGUCAAACAGCAUUGUUAAACUAUAUUCCCAUCUGUAGCUGGCUGAUAAGUCUGUUCAGAUGGCAGAGGAAGGCAUGGGCAUGCCAUCACCAAUAGGGCCAUGCCAAAUAAAGCACCAUACCACAUAAAGCAUUGUGGUGUUCAGAGCAACUUUCAAAAUUUACAGUUAUCAGCAGUUUAAACUGUUCUUAGUCUUCAUGUACCAUAGUUAUGGACAUAAUAUUAUCAUGUAUUUGUCUCAGGAAGAUAGAAAGCAAAUGGCAGAACAGCAUUGAAGUAAUAUGUGGAGUGUUUCAUGGAUUAUUUCCUUUCACCUUAGUUUCUCUCUCUCUCUCUCUCUCUCUCUCUCUCUCUCUCUCUCUCUCUCUCUUUUGUACAGAAGUGUGAAAUGCUUAGAGUCCAAAGUUAAGUAUCUUUUGCCCACAUGAAGAUAAUGCAGUAGUUUUCACAAGUUGUGUUUUAUAGCUGUAUAUACAUAGUAAACAAAGAAAUUUUUUUAGUAGGUUCACCAGUUGGGGAAAAAAGUAAUUAACAAAAUUGAUUUCCUUACGAAAGUUAAGUUGUUUCUCAUUAAAAUCCAAAAAUCUUUUGCAUAAACGUACUGUAAAUACUUUUGUUAAUUUAAUAUGAAAGUCAAUGUUACGCAUUUCAUUUUUCUGUGAUGUAAAAUCAAACAAUGGAAAUUCCAGGUUGGAAUAUCAACAAUACACAGAAAAGAUAGAGUGCUAAUUACCAUAAAGAUGACAUAUUAAGCUGCAGACAGGCACAAUUUAAAGAAACUUACUCUUUAGCUUUUGGCCACAGCCUUCAUCAGAAAAAAAAGAUAACACACAUACAUACACUCCCCCCCCCCCCCCCUCUCUCUCUCUCUCUCUCAAGCAAGCACAGCUCACGCAAGCAUGACUGUCAUCUCCAGCAGCUCGGAGCUGGUUCAAGCUGCUGGAGAUGACAGUCAUAUGCGUGUGAGGUAUGCUUGCUUGUGUGAAUGAAUGUGUGUGUGUUUCUCUGUCUUUUCAGAUGAAGGCUGUGACCGAAAAAUAAUGUGUAAGUGUCUUUUAAUUAUGCCUAUCUGCAAUGUAAUGUGGCAUCUUUGUGGUAAAUAGCAAUCUAUUUUUCCUUACAUUGUUUCUGUAAUUUAAGGUUGAUUUCCUGAAGAACACAUAACUAAUGAAAUGUAGUGAUAAUUGAUUCUGAAUGAGCUGUUAUGCAUGAAUUCCAUUAUCCUACCUUUCUUUAUCAGUAUAAGGUUGGUACUUUCCUUUCUUUAUCAGUAUAAUGUUGGUGCUUUGAGGUUUAUAAUUCAAACAGCAACCAACCACAAGUAUGGUUUAAAAAGAUUCAUUUGAAUUAAACCAUGACUGGUUUUGUUUUUAUUAUGUAUCCAUCUUUCAGAUGGUUGUUACAGGAUUCCUUGCUUUCUUGCUUAAAUCCUUUUGACCUCUGUCAGAACAUGUUGAUGGGAGUCAAAAGAAUGACUUCUGUAGUAGAUAUUACCAAAUAGUGAAUAAAAAACUUCCUGUCUAUCUUACUGCAGCAAACUAAUAACAAACACAGAACAAGGCCCCAGCAAGAAAACAACAAAAUCUGUGACAACAUUGAAAAUGGAUUUGUAUGAAAUCCGAAACAGAUUGUGGUUUAAUUCAGAUAAAUCUUUUUAAACCGUACAUGUGGUUGGUUGCCAUUUCAGUUAUAAACCUCAUAUUAUUGCAGUCACAUUUCUCAAAAUGUCAAUUUUCAGUAAAAAAAAGUUGGUACUUACUGUAAUGCUCUAGAAUUUGUUGGUUUUAGAGUUUUCAAUAUUUAUUUAUAGUCAGGACAUUUGUACUUGUAUUCAUAUUUUCCACUUUCAUGUUUACCUUUCUUACAUAGAUUUCAUUUUCCAAAUAUGCCCUAUUGAAUUAGUCAGCCUUGCUUUAUAACAGUGGAUGGCACUCUAAUAUGAAUUACAUUUCAGCAUAAUAUAUUGCGACAUUUUCUUCUUCAUUUAUCUCCUGUCGCACACUGUUAUGAAAAUCUGAUAGCAUGAAUGGUUAUUUUGUUACUCAGUAUUUCAUUUAAGAUAAAGCAGAGUUCAUUGAACAUUAAUUAGCAAUUAAAAUAUUGUAAUCUAGUUAUAUGUUUCACAAAUUUUAUAAAAAUAUGCCUAUAUUGACACAAAUAUGCCAAAAUUAUAUCACUGUGUGUCAAGUAUGUGAAUAAAAUACUUGAAACUCAACAGGAGGGAGGAUCUAAAUAUUCAGUUUUAGUAAAUUCUAUCUACUCCAUUGUAACACCACAAAUUAUUUGUGUUAAUUUCUUGCUUAAGUUCUUUUGACCUCUGUCAUAACAUGUUGAUAGGGGUCAAAAGAACUAAAUAUCUAGUAAAUAUUACCAAAUAGUGAAUAAAAUCUUCCUGCUUGGAGGCAAACGGGUUCCCACAGCUAAACUAUCUUGUUUUAUUAUUCACUUUCUAUCAAAGUUCCAAUAUUGAACAUUUAUUAUCCUGGAAUCUAAAAACUGUGAUUGUUAAUAAUCAGAUAUGCUGUUUCUCUUAUCACAGAAGAUGUAAAAAGUCAUAGUUCUGUAACGAAUUUUCACUGUCAUUGUGAGUGACUGUAUUAUGCUUCAUUCUUCAGCAACAUUAAAGUAAUUAUCAGCAAA